AUGGGAUUUUGCCCGACAGUUGGGAAAUUGACUGAGGCUGCCCUAGGACGUGUCAAGCGUCCCGCGGGGGUAAAAGCGCGGAUAUUCGUUUCUGAGGAGGCUGCUUCCCGUCUACGGCAUACAUUCAAGCAGAAAGAUUCAGCUGCCAACAUAUAUGUAAUAGAAUUCAAGGUGCCCCAGCCAGGUAAUCCAGAAAUAGCGAACUGGGCCCACUUUGUGUUGGUACUUUUUCCGGAGAGCUUGGAGGAGGAAGCUUUCACUUUCUGGCUCAAUCACGGCGACGGAAUCUCAAACCGACACGCUGAGUUCUGUCUGAACCUAUUGGAUUUCAUGGACACGCAAUGUGAAGAUGAUGAACCUGACUUCCAGACCUCUGGUCCAAGGUCGGGAGAUGCACUGACGGAUCUCCCUGACUGGACAAACUCGGGGUCGACAGAGAAGACAGCAAUCCAAUCUGUUCUUGCUGAGACUAUCAGUUCUCAGAAUCAAGCUAUGGUUCCUGUACAGCCAGAGGAUGUGUUCCUAUAUUCCACUGGCAUGAUGGCUAUAGGCAAAAUUGCGCGCGCGAUGAGCGACAUGUCAGGAGACGUGGCAGCCGUAAUAUUUGGCUGGUUAUAUUCGGGGACUCUACCCCUGGUGAAAGACAGCGGAUAUACCAAGUGCACGCUAUAUGGCCGAGGGACAGAAGAGGAGCUGGACCAACUCGAGUCCUCGCUUGCAGCAGGAGCAAAAUAUACAGUGUUGUUCAGCGAGAUUACUUCGAACCCUCAGCUCCACACCCCAAACCUGGUUCGCAUCAGACGUCUGGCAGACACAUACGGGUUCACAGUGGUGGUUGAUGACACCAUAGGAACAUCAGUAAACCUUGACAUAUUACCAUAUGCGGAUGUUAUUACAACCAGUCUGACAAAGAUUUUCAACGGGGCUUGCAACGCGAUGGGUGGAAGUCUCAUCAUCAACCCCAACUCUUGUCACUACAAAAAAAUCCACGGCUACUUAAAAUACCACUAUGAGGACCUUCUCUUCCCAGCUGAUGCAGUUUUGCUCAGCGAAAACUGCAUUGACUACCCCGACCGCGUCCGGCGAUGCAGUAGGACCGCCCGUGAGAUUGCCCAUCUUCUGGCAGCUCACCCGUCAGUUGACUAUGUCAAUUACCCGACUCUUGUCCGAUCACGGGCAGAGUACGAGCGGUAUCGUCGUGAGGGGGAAGGCUACGGAUAUCUACUCAGUGUCGUCUUCCGGGAACCAGAUUUUGCAGUCAAAUUUUUUGACGCGCUGGACGUGUGGAAAGGCCCAAGCAUUGGAACAAAUUCAUCCAUUGCACUUCCAUACUCGGUACUUGCACACUGGGAGGAGCAGGAUUGGGCAGCCGAGUAUGGUGUCCCCAAGCAUAUUGUGCGACUCAGCGUAGGGCUGGAACCGGAGGCAUUAUUACGAGCUCGUGUGAUCGAAGCUUUGGCACAGGCAGCACCAAAGUCUCUAUGCAAAACGACGUUGUGCAAGAGCGAUCACUAA